AUCGGCCCAGGAAUCCCCGGUGGUUCCGUCCGUCAUCGGCUUUGACGGCUCCCAUGUUUUACUCUCUCUUCAGGCUGUUUUAAUCCACCAGACUUUGUGGCCGCUCGUGUCGGCAAAUUGCUCCACGUCCGUCGAAAUUCGAAAAAAAGGAUUAUCUCGUCCACCCACCGCGUUUUCUGUGAAACCAGACGGGGGGAUCUAUAGACGAAUUGAAAGGCCCUCGCUCCAUCCCCGGAUUCACCUGCUACACAGAGAGCCUCAACACGGAAGACCGACAUGGGGGACACCGGGAGCGAGGGCAGCAAGCCCCCGAGUAACGUCAAUGUCGUACCGCCGCGUUGUCCCUGCGGCUUCUGGGGGUCCAGCAAAACGAUGAACCUAUGCUCCAAAUGUUUUGCAGACAUUCAGAAGAAACAGCCAGAUGGUGCCUCAAAAGCCUCUUCAACUCCCAGCUGUAGCAACAGUAGCAGUCAAGCAGACGUGUUCUGCAGUGAAACAACUAAAGGCAUCAGUCAGUCCUUCAUAGCCAUGUCAGACCCCUCAGAGGAUCCUUUGCCAGGAGAUGCAGCAGUGACCUCUCUACCUGCUCAGGACGAAGUAUGCAGCACAGACACAGCCUUCAGCUCACUCUCCACUCCUACAAAACGCUCCUUUGAAUCAGUCUCUGAGUCAGAAAGUGACAGUUCUCCUGAGAAGCGAGCGAGAGUGGGUGAAAUGCCCGGGCCUGAGGAGUCGUCGUCAUCAUCAUCAUCAUCGUCGUCGUCGUCAUCUUGUUCUGCGUCAUCGUCAUCCUCUGCGUCGUCUCGCGGCGGCUCCAAACAGCGGAGCCGCAAGCGUUGCCAUCGCUGCCAAACCAAACUGGAGCUUGUGCAACAAGAGCUGGGCUCCUGUCGCUGUGGUUAUGUCUUCUGUAUGCUCCAUCGGCUCCCGGAGCAACACGACUGUCUUUUUGAUCACCUGGGCAGCGGGCGCCAGGAGGCCGUCCUCAAAAUGGUCAAACUGGACCGCAAAGUGGGCCGCUCCUGCCAGCGCAUUGGAGAGGAGUGCUCAUGAGCACCGCCCCCCAAGAGAGAAUCUCGACACAAAAGCCCUUGCAGGGAUUGCUUUUUUUUCCCCUCUCUCUUUUCUUUUUUUGUACAGCCUAUUCAUUGAAAAGGAUGCUCGCUCUCUUUAAAUCCCAUUUAUCCGCACUCAUCCCAGACUUUUUGUGCUUCUGUCAGCUUGAUUGUUUCCCUGCUGCUAAACACAACUCCAAUUCACCAAUGAGAACCAGAGAGAGCAAAAGGACUUUGGGACUUUUCAAUUCUUUUUUUUUUUUCCUUCCCUUUCCCCGACUUUACACGUGUGAGUGGACUAACAAAUGAGCAGAAGCAUUAAGAAGACAAGCACGCUUGAUUCCAAGGUUUGUCCAGGAAGCCAGUUAAUGAUGAUACCUCAAAGAAAAGAAAAUACGAUGAUGAAGGAGACAAUGCGAGUUUUUAGUCUCCGUACCUCAACAAGAAAUUAUCCACAACUGCAAGACAUAAAACCAUGGGACCCAGUGUCUUCGCCACCUCGAAUAAUCGUUACCAAGCUGGUUAUUAUCCACCUCAGGAUAUGGAUGCCUCUUCCCUCCAAGCUCCUCUCUCUGCAUUUUCAUCAAGGAUUUUGGUCUUGGCAGGACACCCAAUCUGCAACUCUUGAGUUUAACUCAAACGCCAUUCGGCUGAAUAUUUAGUCAUGCAGUCAUCUUUGAUUUGUGUUUUUUUUUUUUUGACUGAUCAAGACUUAACGUGUUGGUGUCCAAUGAAAAUCAUGCAUCAGUUUUUUGUUUUUAAGGCAAAGGGGGUGGGGUGACUAAAUAAAUCGAAAUAUUUGAAAAUGCAUGGUUUUCAUUGGACAGCGGUGACAUUUCCCUUCAUUUUUGUUUAUUAUUUUUUUAACCUUCACAUCAUGUAUACGCAUGUUUGGGUGUUUGAUGACAGCCUGCAUUGUACAUCCAUUUUGAGCAUUUUGACACUUUUGUAAAUACACGUGUUGCCGUUUGUUUCUGCGCUAUGUGGACAGAAGCUGAGCUGUUUUGACUUGGUGGUUCAGCUUUUUUUUUUUUUUU